GACAUUGCUCUGCCUCCCGGAAGCGGCCUUACCGUUUCCGUAAAGUCUACGACCCCAGCCCUGCCAGGGAAGCCCUGUUACAUGUCCAUUUUAAGAAAACUGCAGACCACAUUCACCGUCAAGUCUGGAAGUAGCGUGUCCUUUACGUUUACCUGUCAGAAUCCAGAGAAGCACUUUGUCAUCGAGAUCCAGAGGGAUAUUGAUUGCGUGUCAGGACGAUGUCCUUCUGGGGAGCUUCCACUCCAGCCGUCAACAUCCUCGCUCCCGGCCCUCAACAAAACCUUCAUCUGGGAUGUGAAAGGUCCUAAGAACAGUGCCUUAGAGCUACGCUUCUCCUUCCCUCGCCUGAGGCAGAUCGAGCCCCAGGAGGAGAGCUGCUCAGAUGGAGUCUCUUACUCCAUCCACGGCCACCUCGAUGCCAGCACAGUCAGGAUCGGGACCUUCUGUCACAACGGCACUGUGUCCCAGAUCCAGAUGCAGGAGAGAGGGAGCCUGGCCUUACACCUCCCGUGGUUCGACAGGCGAAACCUCUCUGGCUUCAGUGUGGCAAACCGAUCGUCUAUAAAACGUUUGUGCGUCAUUGAGUCUGUGUUUGCGGGUGAAGGCUCGGCCACCCUGAUGUCUCCCAACUACCCGGGAGGCUUCCCCGAGGAUGAGCUCAUGACAUGGCAGUUUGUCGUCCCAGCGCACCUGCGGGCCACCGUCACCUUCCUCACCGUCAACGUCUCCAACUGCAUCAAGAAGGAGGAGCGGGUUGAAUACUACAUCCCGGGCUCCACCACCAACCCGGAGGUGUUUAAGCUGCAGGGCCCACAGCCUGGGAACAUGGCUGGAAGCUUCAACCUCUCCCUGCAGGGCUGUGACCAAGACGCCCAAGACCCGGGGAUCCUCCGGCUGCGCUUCCAAGUCUUGGUGCAGCGCCCACAAACCGACAGCAAUAAGACUUACCUGGUUGACCUGAGUGGUGAGCAAACCAUGUCACUCACCUUUGAGCUGCGGCCGGACAGACAAAGCCAGAGCUCUGGCUGCUUCGUGUGCCUGGAUUCUUGGAACUGCAGCAGCAACUUGACCCUGACUUCCGGCUCCAAGUACAAGAUCUCUUUCCUCUGUAGCAACCUGACCCGCCUGCGGAUGAAGGCAGAGAAAACCAUAACCUGCGCAGACCACUGGUACUGCUACAAGAGGCCCCAGCUUCUCCAGGUCCCGGAGAACAUCCUCCAGCUGCCUGUGCAGCUGUAUGAAUUCACAUGGAACCUGUUGGUGCCGAAGGAGAGGUUCAGCUUGGCACUUGUGCCCAGCCAGAAGCUGCAGCAGUCCACCAACGAGAGAUUCUGCAACACCAGCUUUAACUACCUCGUGGCCAGCAACAUCCCCGGGCAGGACCUUUUUUUUGGCUCCUUCUGCCCUGGAGGCUCCAUUGAGCAGAUCCAGGUGAAGCAGAACAUCUCGGUGACCCUCCGCACCUACAAGCCAGACUUCCGCCAAGAGGUCUCCAGGCAGGGCCUGACCUUGUCCUUUAUCCCACAUUUGAAAGAGGACAGCAUUUUCACGGUAACCCCUGACACAAAGAACAAGGUGUACCUGAAGACCCCAACCUGGAAGUGGGUGGGCCUCGCACCCCUCACCUCGGUGUCUUGGAACAUCAGUGUGCCCAAGAACCAGGUGGCCUGCCUGACCUUCCUCAAGGAGCGAACCAACGUGGUCUGCCAGACGGGGCGCGCGUUCAUGAUCAUCCAGGAGGAGCAGGCCCACACCGAGGAGGUCUUCAACCUGGAAGACCAGGUGCUCCCCAAGCCAAGCUUCCGCCAUCGCAGCUUCUGGGUCAACAUCUCCAACUGUAGCCCCGUGAGUGGCAAGCAGCUGGACCUGCUCUUCUGGGUGUCACUCUCGCCAAGAACAACAGACCUGACUCUGAUCAUCAUUGCAGUGGUGGGAGGUGGAGCCUUACUCCUGUUCACCCUCGGCCUCACCAUUUGCUGUGUGAAAAGGAAGAAAAAGAAGGUAAACAAGGGCCCUGUCGUGGGCAUCUACAAUGGCAACAUCAAUACCCAGUUACCAAAGCAGCAGAAAAAGUUCCAGCAAGGACGAAAGGACAGUGACUCCCAUGUGUACGCAGUCAUCGAUGACACCAUGGUGUAUGGUCAUCUGCUCCAAGAUUCCAACGGGUCCUUCCACCAGCCAGAGGUGGACACCUACCAGCCCUUCCAGGGCCCCAUGGGGGACUGCCCACCUUCCCCGCCCCUCGUAUUCUCCAGGGCCCCAACUGCAAAGCUGACCACAGAGGAGGCUCCUCCUUGCUUCUCUUCUGAGUCUGAGAACGAACCGUACACCUUCUCCCACCCCAGCAAUGGAGGCGUGGCCAGCGGGAAUACAGACAUCCCCUUGCUGGACAUCCAGAAGCCAGCAGAUCCAGGAGAAUAA